UUGCUUCAUGCAUUUGACACGGCAUGCCAGUUUUAUUGAGUUUGUGGUUCCGUGCGUUGCGUUUCUUUACAAGUCGUUGUUUCGAAAUUUGGAAACAUGGACGUAUUUCAGAAAACCGGGGAACACUAUCCUAAUAUAUAUGACAUUCCAUAUUAUAACACAAUCAAGAAGUAUUUAAGAUUUUUGGGCUUAGAUCCACACCAAAAAUAUGGAUUGAUCAUUGUAAUUAUAAUGGUGAUUAGUAUGACAAGCGGACUUAUUCCAAUGUCAAUCGUAUUGUACGGAUCAUUAUACACCAAGAAUCUGGACAUGGUGCUCGAGUGUUUGCCACAUUUAGGUGCACUUUUGACCAGUGUCGUUAAAAUAUUGAAUGUUCAUCUAAACAGAGAAAACUUUAGAAAAUUGUUCGAUUCUAUAACGAAAGAAUGGCAGCAGCUGAAAUUAAGUCAAGAUUUGUACAUUCUGGAAGAAGUCACCAUACGGGGCAGCAAAAUGGCGAAAUUGUAUCGAAAUACUUUACUGAUAUGUAUGGUACUUUUUUUACUCGUUCCACUGCUUCCUCCUAUGUUGGAUAUCGUUCUUCCACUAAACGAAACUCGACCACGACAACAAAUACUUAAUGUUAAUUACGUGAUUUUUGACAGCAAUAACUAUUUUUUCUACGUGUACUUACAGUUAUCUUGGACGUCAGUAGUAGUUUCAAUAAUCAUAGUUACCGUAGAUUCUUUAUUGAUGCUUAUAGUUCACCACAAUAGUGGAUUAUUUGUAGUAUGUGGGCACCAAAUCCAGAAAAAUACAAGGCAUUUAAAUUCGUUCACUAAUGAAGUUAUGUCGGAACGUUAUACAUACAAACAGAUCAGAAAUUGCGUAAUCAUGCACAAUAAAGCCAUAGACUUUUACGAUAUAUUAGAUGAAAACAACCGAAUUAGCUAUAUGAUUCAAAUUGGACUAAAUAUGAUUGGUAUAACCACGACAGCUGUUCAAACAGUGAUUAACUUCGAUAGACCGGGAGAAUCAAUUAGAAGCGCUGUGCUGUGCGGUGCAAAUCAGUUUCAUUUGUUUAUGCUCAGUUUACCUGGACAAAUACUUAUAGAUCAUUGCACCGAGCUAACGAAACAACUAUACAAUUCUACAUGGUAUGGAGCACCAGUAAAAGUUCAAAGAAUGCUUUACAUGAUGCAAAUAAGAACUAGGAAGCCAUGUACAUUAACUGCGUGUGGAUUAUACCAAAUGAACAUUGAGAACUUUGGAACUACCUUCAAAACCUGCAUGUCGUAUAUUACGAUGAUAAUGUCAUUGAAAGGAUGAAGUUCACUAUUACCUCCAUAUCCGUUGCAUUUUAUACUUGGACUGAGUAAGCAGGAAGAUGGUAUAAUAACCGAUAUAAUAGUUUGUCAUUAUAUCGAACGUGCAAAUAGUGUUAAUAAAUCACGAUGAUUAGUUGA